GUUAUCGAUUAUUCGAUACGAAAAACGAUAACUUUAAGGAUUUUUACCUAUAGUGCGUGAAGUUUUUGGUAAAAUAAAAAUAGUUAUUUUGAUUUUUCUGAAACAUGUGCAGCAUAGAAGAAGAUGAUGUUCUUGAUGAUGGCAUGAGCAGCCUCAUGACACCACAAGAACAAAUAUCACACUCCUCACAAAAAGGAAUUUGUCAUAAAUGUGGUCAAGACGGCGAAUUGUAUAAGUUAAAUUUUCGCGAAGCGGAGUGUAGGUGUUGUUUUCUCCUUUUUGUGAAUCAUAAAUUCCGAUCAACAGUUGGAUCUUCUAAAGCUCUUCCAAGAAAUGCUGAGAUUCUUCUGGUGUUUGAUGGCAGUUCAGAGUCUAUAGUCUUAUUGGAUAUGUUACAAAAGGCACAAUCGGAAUCAAAUUUUAAGCGACUGCAUUGUGACUUCAAAGUCUUAUUUAUUGAUGAUUACGAGGUCUACAAAAGCAUUUGUGAUAUAAAUGAUUAUAAAUGUUAUAUACAGCAGAAUAAUGGAAAUAGAAAUAGUAUUUGCCAAUGACAUCAAUAAUAUUCAAACGUCAACAAGCCGCAACGAAUUUAUAAAACUUCGUCGCAAGAACUUAGUAGCAUCUAUGGCUACGUUCUUAAGAUGCAAAUAUGCUUUUAUACCUACAAUAAAUAUAAGUAUAGCUACCGAUCUGCUUUCAGCCAUUGUACUUGGACAGGGAAAUAACGUCGCUUAUGAUGUUGCAUUCAAAGAUGAUCGUUUGGUUAAUGGUAUCAAAAUCAUGAGACCAAUUAAGGAUCUAAGUGAAACAGAGGUCUUACUCUAUAUGCGUGCACGAAAUAUAAAAUUUUUUGAUAGACGUGAUCAUGUUACAUAUGCGUCUAGCAGUUUACAACGAAUAACUGAGUCAUUUAUCCGCAAUCUACAAAAAAACUAUACCUCUACUGUUUCAACUAUAAUUCGUACCGGAAAUAAAAUUACCUCAAAUAAUCACAUUUUUAAAGAAGACGAUUCUGAAUAUAAAUGCUGUAUAUGUAAUUCUUCAAUAAUCAACUCUAAAACUCUUUCGGCUGUUAGGUACUCUCGAUAUGUUUCUGAAAGAACGUCAAGCAUUUCUGAUUUAGACACAAGCUACACAAAAUUCUUGAACAUAACCCACAAAAAAAACGAAAAUUUAUGUCACAGUUGUGAAAAUAUACGACGGGAUAGCGAUAUUAAUUUAAUAAAACGAUAUUUAUAAAAUAUAGAUGUACGUGACUCAAUAAAUAUAAACCAGAUCACUUAACAAAAUUGUA